CACUUGACAGCUGCUACAGACAUGAGUUUUCCUGCCCAGCGCACAGGGUUGUAGAUGGACUAUAUUUGCGUGUUUGCGAGGUAUUUCUGAGGCGGAACAGAGCACCGAACCGACCCGAAGCCACGUCGCUCCGGCCCGGCCAUGGACGAGCAGGCGGGCCCCGGUGUCUUCUUCAACAACAACAACAACAACUCGGGCUUGCCCGGCGGUGGGAAUAAAGCCCCGCAGCCCGGCGACCUGGGCGGCGGAGAGGCGGCCAGGGCUCAGUACAGCAUCCCGGGGAUUUUACACUUCCUCCAGCAUGAGUGGGCUCGCUUCGAGGUGGAGAGGGCGCAGUGGGAGGUCGAGCGAGCCGAGCUGCAGGCACAGAUAGCCUUCCUGCAGGGCGAGCGGCGAGGUCAGGAGAACCUGAAGAAAGACCUGGUGAGACGGAUCAAGAUGCUGGAGUACGCACUCAAACAGGAGAGGGCCAAAUACCACAAACUGAAGUACGGGACGGAGCUGAACCAGGGCGAGAUCAAACCCCCCAGCUACGACUCAGAUGAAGGAAAUGACAACGAGGUUCCCAGUCCUCCAAACAGCAGCCAUCAGCUGAGCUGGAAACAGGGACGCCAACUGCUCAGACAGUACCUUCAGGAGGUCGGCUACACAGACACCAUCCUGGAUGUGAAGUCUCAGAGGGUGAGAGCGCUGCUCGGCCUGGCCGGAGAUACAGGAGAAAAACCUCCAGAGAAGAAAACCGAGCCGAUGGUCAACGGCACCGAACCGUCCUCGCUGAAGGACAGCGGCAUGAUCAGUAAACCAGACAUGUCAGACUCGGCCACUGUGCUGGAGGCCUUUAAGUUUAUUGAGAGUGCUGCAGCGGAGUUCAGCGACGAGGAUGAUGAGGACGACAGCGAAGGAAGAGACAAAACCAUCCUGGACUUGGCCACAAUGGUGAGGAAGAAGCAAUCGUCUACUCCGUCUUCCACGACCUCUGACCUCAGCGAUGACCCCGACACAGAGGAGGCCCUGAAGGGUUUUGACUUCUUGGCCAGCCCAGACGAGCUGGACGGAUCGCCCGAAUCCCGGAGCGGAGAGGACAGCGGCGAAUGGGAGAAGGAAGAGCAGUCUCCCCUGGGCGAACUGGCCUGGGACGUGGACCAGGGACUGAUAGCCCAGCUCAAGGAGCAGUACAGGAAGGAACGCAAGGGCAAGAAGGGGGUGAAGAGACCUAACCGGUCUAAGCUGCAGGACAUGCUGGCUAACCUGCGGGACGCCGAGGAGCCCGCCAUUCCCCCCAUGCAGCCGCCGGUGACGCCCCCGUCCCGGCCCACCAUGCCCCGACUCAACGAGCACGAAGUGGGACGUCCAGAAGAAGUAGAGGCGAUGACCUUCCUGCCGUCGUCGGGGAAAUCCUUCAUCCUGGGCCGAGUGGACGAGGCGGUGUCCAGCGAGCUGGGGCUGGGCGAGCUGGCCGGACUGACGGUCGCCAACGAGGCCGACAGCCUGGCGUACGACAUCACCAACAACAAAGACGCGCUCAGGAAGACGUGGAAUCCGAAGUUCACGCUGCGGAGCCACUUCGACUCGGUGCGCGGCCUGGCCUUCCACCCGUCCGAGCCCGUCCUGGUCACCGCCUCCGAGGAUCACACGCUCAAACUGUGGAACCUGCAGAAGACGGCGCCGGCCAAAAAAUGUGCUGCUCUUGAUGUGGAGCCCAUCUACACCUUCAGGGCCCACUGCGGGGCCGUCCUGUGUGUGACCAUGAGCUCGACGGGCGAGCAGUGCUUCAGCGGCGGCGUGGACGGGACGAUCCAGAGCUGGAACACCCCGAACCCCAACAUCGACCCCUACGACUCGUACGAGCCCACCGUCCUGCGGGGGGCGCUGUGCGGUCACACAGACUCGGUGUGGGGUCUGGUCUACAGCUCCGCCCACCACCGCCUCCUGUCCUGCUCGGCGGACGGGACGGUGCGGCUGUGGAACGCCGCCGACGCCUCGCCCGCCCUCGCCGUCUUCAACGAGAGAGGAGAGCUGGGCGUGCCGACCUCGGUGGACCUGGUGAGCAGCGAGCCGGCUCACAUGGUGACGUCGUUCCACACGGGACACAUCGGCCUCUUCAACAUGGAGACGCAGCAGCUCAUCCUGAAGCUGGAGUCGGCCGGCCCGCCAGAGGCUCCAUGCAAGAUCAACAAAGUGCUGAGUCACCCCACCCUGCCAAUCACCAUCACCGCUCAGGAGGACCGACACAUACAGUUCUUCGACAACAACACAGGUAAACUGAUCCACUCUAUGGUUGCCCAUCUGGAUGCCGUGACCAGUUUAGCCGUGGAUCCCAACGGGCUGUACCUCAUGUCUGGCAGUCACGACUGCUCGAUCCGUCUGUGGAACAUGGAGAGCAAGACGUGCAUCCAGGAGUUCACCGCUCACCGCAAGAAGUUCGAGGAGUCCAUCCACGACGUGGCUUUCCACCCGACCAAGUGCUACAUCGGCAGCGCCGGGGCGGACGCUCUCGCCAAGGUCUUCGUAUGACCCCGCCCCUCCCCAACCUCCACAUCUGUCUGCGACUAACUCUUCAGCACCGAGGACCACGAAUACCGAUGAGCGUCGCAAAGCGGAAGCACCUGUUUGGGGAGUGGGUGUUGUUGUUGUUUUUUUUAGCAGGGAAUGCUGAUGGGUAGAUGCCGUGUGAGUGUGGAUGAAAAGCAGGGAAGAUUUGUGAGGAAAAAUAAUCAAAAAGGUGAUACGCCGGUGACGGAGAACUGAGGGUGACAGCGACCCCGUUCUGCAUAGCUCCCUUGCGAUUCGUCAACUUCAUCACCUCCCCGUCUGACCCGGGCUGGCCUGGGCGCCGAAGCCAAACCCCCCUGGAUGAGACGCUGACUGGUCGCAGCAAACCGGAGGAGCCGAUAUUAGCAGGAGCCCUCAGUACCUUUACCGAACCGAACCAGGAGUCUUUUGUUCAGUCUUUGUUUUAUGAGGUAACAAGUAAAGUGCACCAACUCCCUCCCUUCACUAACCCCCCAACACACACACUUACACACACACACACACCAGUUACUGCCUGUGUCUUUGUUGUUGUUUUGAAAUAUUUUCAUGAAUAUGUGCCUUUUUCUUCAGAAAACACAAACAGGCUGUUUUAGGGCUCGUAGAAAAGUAAAUUCUGCAUUUGUGCAUGAUCAGAACGGGACGUGGUAGUGGCCAACUGCAAGAGUAUUUCUCUUCCAAAGAGCAAGAUAAUGUCCCAUUUCCUCUUCACCCGUAGAGUUUAGUUCUAAAAGUUGAACAUGCAUCAUGAGUUGAAUCCCACUGGACGACAUGGAGAGCCGGAGACGAACGUCCCCCCUGGUUAUUUUGUUUUUGUACUCUAAUACAGCCCGGAGACUGGAGUGCUCUUACUGCACCUUAAGGCAUUACAAGGCAUUUGGAGGGUCAAAGUGACACUCUGCGUGGGAUUACUUUAUUGUGAUUUUAUUGUCUAACUUCAGCUUAUUUAAUUAUUUCCUGUUCCUAGAAUUGAAAACUUUUAAGUUGUGCCUGAAGAGGACUUUUCAGUUGUACCCUUUGAUUUCAAGCCAAAUCACUGGAGAGCAGGAGAUCGUCUCUGAGUCACGGCGGUGAUCCUGUAGUUUCACCGUCUCUCCUGCAGCCACAGAGACGUCGGGGUGGAGCAGAGGAGCCCCCCGGAGGCCGCAGCUGGUAAGGACACGUCUGCAGGGUGGACACGGGAGGAUCGAACCCGGGAGCCCGGAGUUGCAGGACGGCUUCUAGGCUGGGGCCCCCGACGAAACAAAAAAAGAAAAGAAAGAAAGAGAGCUUUAGCCUUUUGAGCAUGUGAGUGUCAGAAGGUCAGCAGGUUCAUAACUGAAGAGUUUCAUUCCAAAAUGGCGACAUGUGCAAAGUUUGAAAAAUCACCUACUAUAACAAAAUGGUGGCGAUUGUUGGCAGGAAAAUCAAAAUCACUAUUUGGUGGUCAGGAGGAGCCUCUGCAGCAGCCGGGUGGUCGUUCGUGCAGUCGUACGUUUGUUCAUUUGACUCUUCAUGGUGCUUCGUAGCGAGGACAUGGCAAGAAAAUAAACUCACCAAAAACCAUCAGCUGUAGCAGGGAAAAAAUGGAUGAAAAUUUGAAAAGCCUCAUUCGACUGCUAUCACGCUGUUAGCAUUUGUCAGCUUAGCUUUCGUUAGUUGCCCGGAAAGGGUCUUUUGUGAAAGGUUUUUCGUGACGUUAGGAAAAGGUGACGUGUAUGGAAAGCAAACUUAACACAACAUUUGCUAACGUUAGCUAAUCCUGACGAAAUUUUCACCAUUUGAACAAACGAACACCGGCUUUGCCAAAAGGAGUGCUAACUGUCAUUGAUGACGAUUAAAAUUUCAGAAAAGAUUUUUAAGUAAAUUUAUUUUUUUGCUUUUGAAAUAUGGGCUAAAGCCUGAUUCGACUGAAUGGACGUUAUCAGUCAUAACAGUUUUGGGUUCGUUGGUCCUGCUGCGCCCUCUAGUGGCUCAGAAGCUGUUAGCAUCAGUCUGUAGUAACCAAUCAGACGUUAGCUAUAGCCCCUUGUCGUUGUUGACAUAUAGAUAGAUUUGAGUAAAUUUAAUAUUUUGGUUUGGCGAUAUUGGCUGAGCAGAAUGACGUAGCAGUUUUGUUGUUAUUUUGCUAACGGACGUGUUCAGUUUUGGAGUGAAUCCCUUCAGUUCCUGUAGCUCCUGUCGACCGGCGGCACGGCGGCGGCGAGGCCCGACCUGAAAACAAAACAUGCUGCUUCUUACCGUGUCGGGAAAAAAGCUGAAAAUCCAGACAAGCUGCACUGAGAAAAAAAACAUUGCAGUGACACUUUGCUCAUUUAUCUGUUUUCCUUUGAUCACAUCCAGUAUUUAUUACUGCUUUAAAAAUGCCAUUCAAGCCAAAAGAGUCAACCCAGUUUGGUCUCAGUGGAAAUCUGCUUCCUACUAAAGCUGCUGCGCUGGAAAAGGCUUCGAGCUCCUGCUGUUUAACGCUUUCAGACACUUUUUUGUUUGUUUGUUUGUUUGUUUGUUUUGGGGUUCUUUGUGAAAUAAAGAUAGUACCAGACUCGAUGUUAAGAUCUAUUUAGCCCGUUUGGGAAGCCAACCCGCACACACAGCUACACUUCAGAUCUGUAUAUGCUUCACACGCUAACUGGCUCAAACUUGUAUUUUGUGUCAUUAUUUUGAGCUUUUUUUUUAAAUGACUGUUUGUGUUUGGUGAAAGGCAGACGUGUAAGAUACAGGUAGAUAUUUUUUUAAGACGUAUUCUCUGUUUUACUUGAAGAGUGUAGUUCCUUUGGGAUUCAUGCAAACUGCUUUCUAGUGCAGGGUGUGUGUAUGCUGGUGUUGAUCCUAAGUGUGUGUACACGCCUUCACCUCGGAGCACUACAUAACACGCUUUUUGCUUUUUACCAAAACGUGCUCAUCUCAGAAAACACGGGCGGUUUGGUGGAAGACUUUGGGGAAUUUGGUAUGCUUGUGUAGAGCAAAAAAAAAAUAAAAGAAAAGAAAAAAAAGAA